CUCAGUAGCAAACAGUCUAGAUAUGAAUACACUAGGUUUCUAAGUGAAAACUUUACAAAUUAUAUUAUUAAUAACAACACAAUGACAGAAGUAAAAAAGGACGAGGUUUUAAAAAUCUUACAUACCUACCCAUUAUGUCGAAAAUGUGACAUGAGUGAUGAAAUGAAGCAAGAAGUAAUGGAAUUGUGUGUAACAGCUGCUGAGAAAUAUGCAGAUAACUAUGAAAGUGUUUCUCGCAUGAUUAAAGAGACGAUGGAUAAACGAUUUGGAGCUUCUUGGCAUACCGUCGUCGGUGAAGGUUAUGGAUUUGAAAUAACUUAUCAACUCAAACACCUUUUAUAUAUGUACUGCGCUGGAAAUUUAGCAAUUUGUAUAUGGAAAUCUGCAUAAUUUAAAUCUUAAAAUUACACAAACUGCACAAUUCUACCUCGAUAUUUAUAUUUUAAAAUAUUUAAAAA